AUGAUUGGAUACGACUUUAACGAAAAUUACCAAUACAUGUUGAUGGAGCUCUUAGGCGAGUCAUUUUCCAACAUAUUAAAAAACAAAAAACAAUUGGAUUUGCCAUAUGUUCUUAAAAUCGGACAUCAAGUUGUACAACGUCUAAAGGUAUUUCACAAUCAAGGCUACGUUCACAAUGAUAUUAAGCCUGCAAAUGUCAUGACAUCGACCAAAAAUGACACCAUUUAUUUAAUUGACUAUGGACUAUCUGUAUACCUUGGAUCCGGCUCCACACUGAGUGGUAACAUUGUUGGCAGUCCUCAUUUUAUGGCUAUUGAUGCGCAUACCAGAAAAAUGUCUUUUAAAAAUGAUAUGGAAUCAUUGGCGUAUAUGCUGAUUUAUUUGUUAGAAGGAUCAUUGCCAUGGACAAAGGUAAAAUACAGCAAUUUGGACAGAAAUUGUUAUUUGGAAAAAUUAUUGAUGAUGAAAAGAGAAGCUUACAAAGAUUUGGCUAUGACAUUGCCAGAAAAAUUGCGUACAUUUUUGAAGUACACACGAGAAAUGAAAGACAACGAAAAACCCAACUAUGAUUUUAUUUGUGGAAUAUUCGUGAGCAAUGAUGGCUCACCAAAAAACAAGAGACAGCGAAUUUAA